UAUCGCCCAAACCGUUGUCCAACCCUUGUCCAAACCCUUGUUCCCCCUCCCCGUCUGUUUUUGCGUUGUUACUGUUGUCCUCUUGCUGUCUACCCUUAACCCUUUCAAUUCCUUCAUUUUCUCCAGGCCCCACAGCACCAGCAGUUACACAGGUCUGUUCCAAAUAAAUAACAAAAAAGAGAUCCACAAAUGUUGCCAGAUAGCUCAGAAGUGAGUCGGGAAAGUGGGCCGCAGGCCCGCACACCGCGGGAAAAUCGAGGGCGGGUGGGACGGCUUCGCCAAGAUCAGGCGAGGAGAAAGACUCGACCUCAGAGGAACCUGACUCCUGUGUGGCGUGCACGCAGGUACGCAUUCGCGAUGAAUGUCGCGGACAGCCGAGGCCUGGAAGGCGCAACACGGGAGACCACUCAAGCCAUUGUGGCUGGGCAGGCGCCUGUGACUUAUACAGUCGCUGGCCAGAGCAGCGGGACCGGGAGGGCCAGCGAAGCCGUACUCCAACCUGGGGAAUGGUGGAACGAACGCUUGAGCGAUGGCGGCUGGCGGCAGAAGAGAGACACUCCAGAGUUUGAAGGCGGAUACGAGGCAGGUCUUGAGUGGAGCAGCGCCUUGGUAGGAACGUAUGGAGCCGGAAGAAGAUGGAGAGGUGGAAUGAAGAAGCUUCUUCUUGCCUUGAAUGAGUGGCUGAAGCGGAACAAUGUAGGUCGCGGCUGCAUGGGUUGCAAUGAUCUUGAUGUCUUGUCCUUUGUGAGCAGCCAAUGGUUGGUCGAGGUGGAGAGCCGAUGCCGGACUUCUGAUGCUGCAGGCCUGCCGCUUGUGUCUCCGUCGAUGGCAGAUGUUGCGCUGAACUGCCUGAGUGCGUGCUUUCGCUUGCUUGGAAGGGAUGGAGAAGUCGAUCCUUGCCAGAGUAGCCGUGUGCGGUCAUUCCGGAGAGCAUACAGGGAGUAUUCUCUGCAGAGAGGAGUAGUUGAAGAAUCAGCGGUGCCGUUGAGAUUUAUGAUAAGGUUGCGAGAGGUUUCGAGUGAGGGGGAGACCUUCUUGGGGUGGCCUCCGAAAAUGGUAGAUAGUUAUGAUCGGGUGGGGCAGGAUGUAAGGCAAGGGUUCUUGUUUCGACCGAUGCGCGGGGGUGGUGCUAUAAGUGGCGGUGCUUUUAACAAAGGGAUCGAAAAAUGGUUUGGGGAGGCGGGGGUGUAUGCUGGGGAGAGCGGGCACAACUUUCGAGUAGGGGGGGUUCAGGCGGGCAUAGGGGAGGGUUGGAGUCUUGGUGAGAUAAUGCGGCAAGGAACCUGGAGCAGUGUUGGGACGUUUAUGAGGUAUGGUUAUGGUAUGAAGCGAGGGUGGAAAAGGCAGAGGGGUGGUGGGUUAGGUGACAAAGAAGAUGGCUGUGAGGCUAAGGAUUGCGGGGUUGGGGGUUGCGAAAUCGACCCUGGGGCUGGGGAGGCAGGAGAACUUGGAUCCGGGGAUUGUGAACCGGUGCUUGAUAGCGAGGGAGAGGAUACGGGGAUACCAGGGGGUGCGUUGGGAGGAAGGAAGGAUGAGUACGCAUUCACGAUGAAUGCCGCGGCCAGCCGAGGCCUGGAAGGCGCAGCACGGGAGAUCACUCAAGCCAUUGUGGCUGGGCAGGCGCCUGUGACUUAUACAGUCGCUGGCCAGAGCAGCGGGACCGGGAGGGCCAGCGAAGCCGUACUCCAACCUGGACAGGUUGGGCCAGCGCGAGCAAUGACGGGCAGAAUGACACGUGUUGAGCGGUCGAGCAAGCAAGCUAGAUAUGGCGGAAGCCGUGGGCUGAGCCGAUUUGUUGUCGUCCAUCUUCUUCCUCUGUACGUGGUGCUCCUGCUUCAUGCUUCGUUCGCGUGCGCCAUAGCCAAAGCCAAGUCAGCAGGGCGUGCAGCUGGAAACACCGACGGAUCGGGCGUUAUCUGGCAGGCAGACUCUCGCUCAUCGUCGUCAUCGUCGCCUUUGUCGACUCACUUCAGCGAGGAAGGAGGAGGCCGCCAUAGCCAGGGCGAUGUCCGUAGCUCGCUAUCGCCGUUCUACGCAACAGCUGCCGCUCCGCGUGCCAAUUCCUCCGCGCAGAAGGAGCAACAGCAGGAACUUCGUCCGCUUCUUCCCGAUGUCAACAGCCUUUUCUUGCUCGGCAAUCCCGAUGCCGCUUCCCACUUCAAGGAGUGGCUUGCUGGCCUGCCUUUCCCGUCUCCAUCGCCGCCGCUCAGUACGCGGCAUAGCCGCCAAGCACCUGUCGUCGUAAUCGACGAUCCUUCUCGAGACAGACCGUGCUGCGCCGGUGUCAACGACGACGAGGAGGAGGAGGGGGAAAGGCCAUCGGAACGAGCGAGUGGUUUCCGCCUCAGUCCCCGCGCUGCGGUCCUGAAGCCCGACUCUAAGGCGGGGAGAAGCGCGACUAGUUCGCCGGGGGAGAGGAUGAUGAGUGAAGAAGGUUCUGGAAGGCGGCCAACUUCCAGACGCCUUACUUCUCAAAGCCAAUCGAAUCCGUCCAAAGGAUCUAAGCAGGCAACAGCAGGAGUCUCACUCCGCAAGCGGACAGCUGGUGGGCGGCAACAAAAUGCGGGCAGCCGGGGCAGGCUGUCGACCAUCGUCGUAGACAAGAACGGCGAUGGACAUUACACCACGGUUCAGGCAGCAGUGAAUUCCGUGCCGAUGGGGAACUCUCGACGAAUUACCAUCCAGAUCAAAAGUGGAGUCUACAGAGAGAAAAUCCGUGUUGUGUCUGGCAAGAAUUUCAUUUCUUUCAAGGGUGACGGGGUGGGGAAGACCGUUCUGACAUGGGGUGAUAAUGCGCGGACCAAGGACAAAGCACCCGUAAAGGGAGGGAAAGGUGGAACCAACGAGUAUGGGACUCUUGGGACCUUCGAGUCUGCCAGCGUUGCAGUGAGUGCUGAUCACUUCACCGCAGAAGAUCUGACGAUUCAGAACACUGCGCCUCGAGCUCCCAACGGCGCCGUGGGAAUGCAAGCCGUAGCACUGCGGGUGUCUGGCGACAUGGUGGCUUUACACAGGGUCGCCCUAUUUUCUUGGCAGGAUACUUUGUAUGCGCAUAAAGGGAGGCAAUUCUACAAGGACUGCUGGAUCCACGGGAGCAUCGAUUUCAUUUGCGGGAGCGCCAAAGCGCUCUUCCGCAACUGCAUUUUGUACACUCGUGGCCCGGGCUCGAUCUCUGCGCAGAAGGGAGGUGCAGCUGGAGUUUCUGAUGACACAGGAUUUGUGUUCCUUGGGGGCAAAGUACUCGGGGAGUCUGGUGCAAAAGACAUCUACCUGGGGAGCUUCCUUGGAAGGGCGUGGGGACCGAAGGCGCUCACCGUAUUCGCGAAGGUCUACCUGGCCAAUGUCAUCAAGCCCCAAGGUUGGUUCGAUUGGGACGAUCCCAGCAGAAGGAAGAAGGUUUUCUUCGCAGAGUACCAGUGCUACGGCCCUGGUGCCAAUCGCUCUAAGCGCGUGUGGUGGUCCAAGUCUCUCUCGGCUAAAGAAGCGAAACCCUACCUCACGUCCUACUGGGUAGGCACAUGGAUACCGCGAUGGUGAGCAAUGAGCAAUGAGCAUGAGUCCGAUGGAACCCGACAGCCUUUUGUGGAAUACGUGGCACCGCCAUCUCGAAGCCGCAUUGGAUUCGU